AUGAGCCCAAGCUCUGCUGACUCUGCCCCCGACGCCGACUUUGCUUUCAACAUGGACGCUGCCACCGCCACCAACGCUCGCAUCAACAAGUUUGUUGGUACGAACUUCCACACUUGGAAGUUCAAAAUUCAGAUGGUGCUGGAGGAGCGGGACCUUUGGGAAGUGACAAGCGGGGAGAUCAAGCUGGAACACCUUGCCACUACGCUGGAUCAGUCAACGUUCAAGCGCAAGUCACGGAAGGCGCUCGCGAUAAUCUGUCUUGCGAUGGAGGACUCGCAGCUGCCCCUGGUUCGGUCGGCAAGUGGAGCGUACGAUGCAUGGUCGCGGCUGGAAGGCCACUUUGAGAAGAAGAGCUUAGCUAACAAGCUCUUUCUUCGUCGCCGUUUCUUCACGGUCAAGAUGAAGGAAGGCGAUGAUGUGCUUUCGCACAUUAACAAGAUAAAGACACUGGCGGAACAACUCGACGCGGUGGGUGCUCCGGUCAGCGAAGACGACCUGGUGAUCACGCUUCUUGGAAGCUGUAGUGAGUCGUUUGCAUUUCUCAUUACUGCUUUGGAGUCAAGGGCCGACUCGCUGUCGUGGGAACUGGUGACAUCCAGGCAGCUACAUGAAGACAUGAAGCGCAAAGAGCAAGGCAGUGACGGGGUCGCUGCAGGUCAAGCGUUCAUGACAGGUGAGAAGAAGCGUAGUGGACGGCCAUUCAAGAAGACUGGCGCGUGCAACUACUGCGGUAAGAUGGGUCAUUGGAUCGCGGAAUGUACGUCGCAGAUCCAUGACAACGUGGACCGGCAGCGUCCGCAGCGUGCGAAUGUGGCGCACAACCAAGAUGAAAACUUGAACGAUUUCCUGUUUGCAGCUGGAUUGGAGAGCAACGACGACGACAGCGUCAAGGAUCCAGCAUGGCUCAUAGACUCUGGUGCGACGCAGCACAUGUCAUUCUCAAAGCGGUUUAUGACAAACUACAAGACCAUCGAUCCAGUUAGCGUUCAUCUCGCAGACGACGGGGUCGUGCAGGCAAUUGGGACCGGCAACGUAGUGAUGAUGAUGAAGACACCAAGUGGUGCCAAGAAGGGUGUGCUUACGAAUGUGUGGCACAUUCCAAAGUUUUCACGCAAUCUGUUCUCAGUCGGUCGAUUCACCAAGGAUGUCGCGACAGUGACGUUUAAUACGAGCACCUGUUAUGCAAAUUUUAAAAACCAGAAGUGGAGGAUCGGCGAGCGUGCGGGCAAAGGUCUCUUUAAACUAUGCAUGACACCUGUGGAAAAACGCUAUGGACGCGGGGCUAGUACAAGUGGUGUGCACACAUGGUCAGUGCAAGGUACUGCGUCACCACUCGAAGCCAUGUCGGCGCUUCUCGCAUCUAUUGAUGAAGAAGAAGAAGAAGAAGAACAUGAAGAAGACUGUGCUAAAGUCGUGGAUCCAGUGGGAGAAGUGCCGAUGACACUCUCAUCGGCUAUGGAAUCCAGCGACGCAAGAAAGUGGCGAGAAGCGUGCGAAUCAGAGUUUCAGUCAUUGUGCAAGAACAACACGUGGGAACUCGUGCCGUUACCAAGUGAUCGCAAGGCGAUCAGCAUCAAGUGGGUGUUUAAGGUGAAGGGGACUGUUGAUGGACUCAUCGAGCGAUACAAAGCGCGCCUCGUGGCAAAAGGAUUUUUGCAAAAGUACGGUGUGGGCUUCGAGGAGACGUUCGCACCAGUGGCCAAGCUCGCGUCGAUCCGGAUCAUUGUGAGCCUCGCCGCGCAGCACAACCUCGUACUUCACCAGAUGGACGUCAAAACGGCGUUUCUUAACGGUAUGCUUGAAGAAGAGAUCUACAUGGAGCAGCCUGACGGAUUCGUUGAUGCCAAUCAUCCUCACCAUGUGUGCAAGCUCAAGCGUGCGUUGUACGGACUCAAGCAAUCCCCUCGUAUGUGGAACCAUACUAUUGAUGAAUUCAUGCGCAAGAUUGGCUUCUUCAAGUGCGAGAUGGAUCAUCGUGUCUACGCCAAGCGUGACGACAUAGUCAUGAUGUUUGUUGUCAUAUACGUCGACGACCUCAUCCUUGCGUGCAACAACAUGGACAUCCUCGCAGCCACCAAACGUGCAUUGAGCGAGCGAUUCGAUAUGUCCGAUCUCGGUGAGCUUAAGUACUGCCUCGGAAUAGAAGUCGAGCGCGAUGACAAGUCAGGCGAUGUAUCGAUGAAACAGCUUAAGUUCUUGCGAUCGAUUCUGACCAAGUCGGCAUGCAAGACUCUAAGCCUGUUAAGACACCGCAAGAUUCCGGACUGA